UAUAAGGUGGAUGCGUCGUCAUUUUUCUCAGUCUCUGGUUUCUGCUCCCUUGAUUGCAGAGAUGGCUCCCAUCGCUUCCUGCCUCUGUGUGAAUGUCUAUUCUGAGGAAUGGGAAUUAAUGACCUUCAAUGCCAACCAGAAUGACAGAGUGAGGAAGAUUAAUGAACACAUCCGAUCUAAGACCAAGGUUCCUGUGUGGGACCAGGUCCUUCAGCUGGGAUCCAAGACACUAAAGCCACAGAGAAGUCUAUCUUCUUAUGGCAUUGACAAGGAGAAGACCAUCCACCUCACCCUGAAAGUGGUGAAGUCCAGUGAUGAGGAGAUGCCUUUGUUUCUUGUGGUGCCAGGAGAUGAGGGGCAGAGGUACCUCCUCCAGGUGCGAAGGUCCAGCUCAGUGGCCCAGGUGAAAGAGAUGAUCGCGACUAAGACUGCUCAACCCCCAGAGACCCAGAUUGUGAGUUGCAAUGGGAAGAGACUGGAAAAUGAGAAGAUCAUGGCAGAUUAUGGAAUCAGAAAGGGUGAUUUACUCUUCCUGACAUUCCAUUGUAUGUCAGGGUGACCAUCCUGAAGAUGAGAUGUUAUCAGCAGCAAAAGAGUUUAUUUCCUUUAUUCUAUUAUUCACCAAUCAUAUCCCUUGAUGAUUUCCCAAAAGUAAUGAGAACCUGAUAGAGUAAGAUUUGAGGUGGGAUAGGGUGGAUAGCAUGAAAAAAUAUUUCUAAUACAAAUUAUUUGAUUCUAAUAUAAUUAAAUGGCAAGAUGGUUUAUGAUGUAUUACCUAGAAUAGAAAAUAAAUGUUUAAGGUACAUUAGAGACAGCAUUCAAAGCCUGCUUGAAACUUAAUCCUUUCUUGGUACCUUCUGAUUUGUAGAAAAAGUCUUAUUUCCUUUCCUAUAUGGCAAGAGAAUAGCUUUAAGUGGGGAUCCAUGUUCUACUAAUUUCUGUGUUUCUAUCUUUGUUAAAUCCAAUGCUUCAUUUAUAAUAUCACUCAGUUAUUGUUGAACCAAAUUGAAUUUCUACUUUUAGAGCAUUGUGAAAUUAUUUAUUAUGAAGUAAAUUAAUUACUCUGACAUGAUCACAAUUUAGUUACUAAGUAUUCUGAAAAUUCCA